AUGGAGAUGUUACCAGAUCCUAAUUCACCACCACCAACCCCAAAAUCACCAGCUCAAGAUCAACAUGAGCAUGAAGAAAUAGAUCAAGAACAAGUCGAUGAUCAAGAACCAGAAGAAAAUCAACAUAGAGAAUUAACACCACCUGAACCAAUAGUCCUUGGUUUAACUGUUGAAUAUCAUCCAGUAGACAGUGAUGAAGAAUUCAAUAAUAAUAAUGUCAGUUACCAAUUACCAAAUACCCCACCAAUAUUGUCAUCCCAAGUAACCAAUCAACAAGAAAACAGUUCAGUUGAGGAAAAUAAUCACCCAGAUGAAAGCAAUCAAGAAAAUCGAUACCCUCUUUUAAAUCAAGAACAACAAGAACAAUAUGCAUCAUCUGAAGAUAGUUAUGACGGCAACAGAAAUCAAGAUUUAAGUCUUUCCUUAACCCUUGAGCAUCAUAAGAUCGAUAGUGACGAUGACUAUGAUUAUAAUUGGAAAUGUUACCAAGAUCCAAACUCACCACCACCACCAACCCCAAAAUCACCAGCUCAAGAUCAACAUGAGCAUAUGCACAAGGUAGAAAAAUGGGAUAAUUGGAUAAUUAUUAUUCCAGAGGCGAAAAUAAAAAAUUUUUUAAAGAAGGAGUUGAUACUGCUAGAAAAAUUAGAAAGAUUAGAAGCAUUAAUAAUAGAACCAACUACUUUGGUUAAUUUUUACAAUUUAGAAGAUUUUUCAAAUGAUGAUUUAGAAUCAGAAAAUGAAGAAAAUCAAAUUAUUGACAAUUUAGAAAACUAUGAAGAGGAACCAAUUUUAUCCACUCCUCCAGCUCAACAACAACAAACAACAACAACAACAACAACAACAACUACCACUACCACUACAACCACUGCAACAACCCACCAACAAGAUAGCAAUGAUUCAUCUGAUGAUAAUGAUGAUUAUGAUUAUGAUUGGAUAUCCUAUCAAAUUCCAGUCUCACCACCAAUGUCACCAUCAGAACAUCCAACACAUAACUUCCCAAUUGAAAAUGAAGAGCCAAUUCAUGUUUCACCACCAUAUCACUACCCUUAUGAAUUGGAAGAACCUAUUUAUUCAACACCUCCACAACAACAACAACACAAUCUUAUAAAUGAGUUUGAACAAGAAAUAGAUGAUUAUAUUCAUGACCAAGAAGUCCCAGAAAUUAUUGAAGAUUUAUUUUCUUACUUGGAUGAAAUAGAAGAACCACAAAUCAACCAACAAAUAGUAGAACAACAAUUAGAUCCACAAGUAGAGCAAGUACAUCAAGAACAAGGAGAACAAAAUCAAGAAAUAGAAGAGCCACAAAUUAACCAACAAAUAGUAGAACAAAUAGAGCAAGUAAAUCAAAAUGAAGAAUCAUAA